AAGUUUCUGUCAACUCCUUGCAGAGUCUCAGCGUCCCCGCUGACGUUCCCUUGAUGUGCUCACAAAUCUCCCUGAGAACCUCGCCCUGGACCCCUGAUGCGGCUGCCCGAGCAACCCGGAGAGGGGAAGCCUGAGAAUGAGGAGAAGGGGGGCAGAGGAGCCCCCGGAGGGGGAGAGGAACCGCCGAGGAGGAGCCGGGCCCCCGACUUCCCCACUUGGCAAAAGAUGCCUUUCCACCACGUGACCGCCGGCCUGUUGUACAAGGGGAAUUACCUCAACCGGUCCCUGUCCGCUGGCAGCGACAGCGAGCAGCUUGCUAACAUCUCCGUGGAGGAGCUGGACGAAAUCCGAGAGGCCUUUCGAGUUCUGGACCGAGACGGGAAUGGCUUCAUCUCCAAGCAGGAGCUGGGAAUGGCCAUGCGCUCUCUGGGGUACAUGCCGAGCGAGGUGGAGCUGGCCAUCAUCAUGCAGCGCCUGGACAUGGACGGGGAUGGCCAGGUGGAUUUUGAUGAAUUCAUGACAAUCCUUGGCCCCAAACUGGUGUCUUCUGAAGGUCGCGAUGGUUUUCUUGGAAACACAAUAGAUAGCAUAUUUUGGCAGUUCGACAUGCAGAGGAUAACCCUGGAGGAGCUGAAGCAUGUCCUCUAUCACGCCUUCCGGGACCACUUGACGAUGAAGGACAUCGAGAACAUCAUUGUCAACGAGGAAGAGAGCCUGAACGAGACUGCGGGGAACUGCCAGACGGAGUUCGAGGGCGUGCAUUCUCAGAAGCAGAACAGACAGACCUGCGUCCGGAAGAGCCUGAUCUGCGCCUUCGCCAUGGCCUUCAUCAUAAGCGUCAUGCUGAUUGCGGCCAACCAGAUCCUCCGGAGCGGCAUGGAGUAGCCGCGCCCCCAGCAGCCGCGCCCCCAGCAGCCGAGCUCCCGGCUCACGCGCAUGUGCUUGCCCCGCGGGCAGACUCUUCCUCCGCGAAAGCAGACACGGACGGUGCAGUCGCGGCACCGGCAGGCGGGGGCGGCAGCGAACCCGAGGUUGCAGUGCAACCCGUGUUGUUGCAAACCCACUUCCUCCCCUUGGCACGUACACAAAAGGGCUGUCUUCAGUGCUUUAAUGGUCUUGUUUCCUAAUGCAAUAAAUAGCCAGGAGUUCCGGAUGACUGCUUCAACCCCUCGGUAGGAACUCGAAAGAGAGACUUCAUUUCCAUCUUGGAACUCCAGUGGCCAUCCAGGUCGGUGGUGUGAGAGCAAGAGAGAGGCUGAACACACAGCCACCUCCACGCCCCAUUCUUUCAACCCAGGGGUCAACUGGGGACUCCCCCUCACCCCCACACCCACCCCAGGGCAACCCUUAGUUCCAAGAGGCUGACUUCCGGGUUGCUGCAGAAAUGGGGGCUUCCCAUCCCGCCCUGACUUCCUUCCCCCACCCAGUGGAGCCCCCCCAAGGCAUGAGGGGAAAGCCAUUGCACGGGGUGCAGCGCCUGGCGGUUUGCAAGUUGCACCCCCUUCGCUUCGUUCUUACUGCCUUUUCUACAGGACUCUUGUUGGCAGAGUUGGGGAGCUCUCGGUUUCCGUCGGCACUUGGCUUUCUGUUCCUCAAGCCCAUCACGCACCAGCAUUUUGGAAUCUGCAGAGAGCCUUUCUCCCAGCUUUGCCGCCUUGCUGCCAUUAGACAAAAAA